CCCUUCCCGCCUUUCUCCUGCGUAAACCGUCUUAGUAAAGGUGUGUUCUGGAGUUUGAUUCAAUUGCAGUGUCGUUUUUCUUAUCUCGCCGCCAUGUCCAAACUUGCGCCGAGCCUGAAGGCUCUCAUAAACGCAGCGCACGCGCGUCCGGGUCCAAUUCCAGCUCCACGAAACAUACAAGAUGUAUACAAGAAAAUUGAAAGAGAAGCUUCUGCACAUAAUCUAGGCCGUCCAACAUGGCUCGCUCUCACAACAGCGGCGACGAUGACGAUGAAUUCUCCAGAGUCAAUGACCGCGCUAUACCAAUCUGCGAGCGCGUCAAAGCCUGAGAGCGAGAGUGUCGCAGUAGCAGAAACCAUGCGGGAAGUAGGCUUGAAGUGCAUUGGCUUCAAUGGUGUGCCCCGUACCAUAAACAUGCUCAACGCAUUCCGCGCAGACCUUCCUUCGUCCGUCGUAUCAUCGCUCAGUACCACACCCUCACGAUUGCCCACCACUUCCAACGUCGAUUCGAUUAAUAAUCGCGGCCGCGCAUUGUGGGACUCCAUCUACAGACCGCUCGAGAAGAAGUUAGAAAACAAGCUUGCAGAUGCGCAUCCUGAUCUGCCAGUCUUUAUCAUAAGUAGCGAAUACGGCGCUUUAUUCACAGACCCUCCCCGAUCGAGCGGUGCAAACAUUGGUCGGAUAUCUACAAGUCUAGUCGCAAUUGCUUGCUUGCGCGCGCAACAAGGUGUCGGACCACAAGUUCUCAGCCAUGUCUUUGGUCUGAGAAAAGCGUGGGAUGAUGGAACGUGGAAGUCUGAGCCCGAGGCAGGAGAUGAGGCCGCGAUAAGAUGGCUAGUCAGCGAUGAAGGUUGUACGUGGACGCUUGAGAAAGUCGACGAAGUUGUGGAGGCCUUAGGUGGCGGCCAAGGCUCUACGUUUGCGCCCUUCAAGGCGAAGUUAUGAUU